AUGAUUGAUGGAAUAAGAUACUGUCGGUUAUCAAAAUCAUACGUGUAUCGUGUAUCUCAUGUGGCCGAGUUGUCUCAGUCUGCGCGGUCGCAUUCAGUGUAUGAUAAAAACGGCGGAGCCAAGUAUCAGGGCACAACGCACGUUCUGGUCCCGAAUGCGGGAAGACAUUUCAUUGAUACUGACAAGUGUGAAAAAAUGAUUAAAAAAGAUGGAUCCGAGUUGCCGAGAGGUAGAUAUUCUCUUGAUGGAGGUAACUUGACCAUCGAAAAUAUUCAAAAGGAGGAUCGGGGCAUGUAUCAAUGCAGUGCCAGUAACGACGCAGCCACCGUGACCGCGGAUACGGAACUCAUGAUAGAGACGCUGCCUCCACGGGCGCCGUACAAUGUCACCGCAAACAGCACGUCGAACUCCAUAUUCGUCACUUGGGCCGAAGGAUAUAGAAGGCCCAGAUUGGUAUACAAAGUAUGGUACCGAGCGGUCGACGUGAGUGAGUGGCGAACAAUGAGGGUUUCCAAUAGUUUGGACACCGAAGCCAACAUAACGAACCUGAUGCCCUCCCAGGAGUACGAGAUCAUGAUCAUGAGCGAGGACGCCAACGGCGACGGAAUGUUCAGCAAAGCGAUCAAAGUUUAUACGAAACCAUCUCAAUUAUAUACAGGACCAUCAGAGUUUCGGGCACCUUUGGACGCCUUUCUCCAAAUCAGUGCACCGACAUUUGUACAAGUGGUGCCUGUUAAAGAUGGUCAUUUAGUGACAUGGAGAGCACCAGAACAUGGAGCUGAAUCUUUGAGAAGAUAUAUUGUCCGCUGGACCCGCAGCGAAUACGAAUUUAAAUGCGGCUCUGCCGAGACUCAAGAUACACAAUAUCUAGUGACCGAUCUCGAAGAAGAUGAAUUAUACACCUUCCAAGUGUUGGCAAUGUCCACGACAGACUACCAAGCAGCCAGUCAUAAAGUGGAAGUUCGUGUACCUCCUUACACCAGAAUAAGAGCAGUUACAAUAGGCGUUGCUGCUGCCCUUCUGGUAUGUGCAGUGUCCAUAGCCGUUCUAAUAUACGCCCGAAGGAAAUGCAUCAGGCCAGAUGAUCCUUCUGAAGAGGAGAAGCAACCAGAAACCAAAGCUUAA